AUGUCAAAUUUUGAACCAACAUUAACAAGAGAUAGAUUACCAUCUAGAAUAGAUUUAUUUGAAAACAAUUUGAAAUUAGAUAUUAGAGCUCAUCAAAGAACUUAUGAAGGUGCUUAUACAAGAACUGCGAUUGGAUGUUUUUCCUUUUCAAUCUUAAUCAUUAAAUUAUUUUCAAAAGAAUUUUUACCUAUUGGCACGAUAUAUACAGUAUAUGGAUGUUUACUUUAUUUCAUUGGUGUUUACAAAUCGUCAUGUGUGGACGUUUAUUACAAUCCUGAGAAAGAUAUGGAAAUGUACAAGACAGGUGGGGAUUAUGUAUUAAUUUUAUCUAUCAUAAGUUUAUGUUGUUACAUUGCUUUACUAAUAUUAAUUAUGAAAAUGUGA